AUGAGCGAUUCAGAUAGUGUUAUUAUUGAAACUAAGCUUCGAAGCGGCAGCGAUUUGGAUGAAGGAAUACGGAAUUUAAGCCUAUUAGAUACGGAUGACAAUCUGAAAUUUGAGUUAGAGUCCGGCAAAAAAGAGAGACAACAAGAGUAUGAUGGUAGUUGCAACCAAAUUGCUAUUGAUACUAGCAAAGAUGAUUAUGUGAAUAAAUAUUAUUGUAAUGUGCCGAGGCGGAUCAAUUCUGCGGUGAGCGAGGAGGACGAAGAAGAAACUACGACUGAUAAUACUACCUCAGAGACUGAUACGGUGAUCAGUAGUGGAGAUAUUUUCCAAUUGAUAAGCAGCGAUAAUCGGUGGAUUAAGGAAGAUGGUAGGGUUCCUGCUGUAAUUGGAAGAAAUAAUGAUACACAUGAAAAAUAUCGGUUUCCGAAUGAUUCAAGAAAGGUAUCUACACAACGGUUGCAGCGUGGGACCAUAAAUGACUUUUAUCCACCUAAUAUAGCAGAUUCGCAUUUGAUGACUAGUGAAACUGAUGUUUUAAAGAGACAAUUGGUACAGUACAGAGUGAAAGUUAAGGCCUUGACCGAGAUCUUAAAGCAAGUUAAUUUCAAUAACGAUCAAAAAUUGCAGGCUACCCAAAAUACAGAAAACAUUACAAACGAUUUUGAGAGUCAUGCAAAUACCAACAUCGAAGAGGUCGAAGAUUCUCCUUUACUUCGAGAGCAGAAUGUAAAACUAGUAAUCACAUUGGAGGACAAGAAUAAAGAGUUAAUCAGAUUGAAAGAAGAAUUAGUACGAAAUAAGGAUGAGUACGAAACAAUGUUGGAGGAGGUCAAUGAUUACCUACAACAUAAUGAAAACAUUUCUAACGAUGUCAGCAAUAUCCUAAAAUUUCUCUUGGAUAAUAUGGAUUUGACAGCUGAAGAACGUGAUAAUUUAAUAAAGGCAGCAGGCUUCGAAUCGACGUUUAUUGAUAUCAAAAUCAAAGCUUUAUCUGUUAAUGUGGAUAAAAUUGUCCGUGAAUUAAGGACUAUAAAAAAUUCAGAUCAAUCAUCCGGUAAUUUGUUGGCUGAUCAAGGUACGAUAUCCCCUUUGAACGAUAGUCGUUUAGAUAACAGUGAAGUAUUAGAUUCCAAGUUGGAGCUUGCAAUAGAAACCAUGCAUGAGAAAUAUCAUGACUUUUUACAGUCAAUCCAACUUAAAUUAGAAAAAAAUGACAACCUAGAAAAGGCAUUGAAAGAUAAAUUUCAGCAGCAAAAACUACUUCUUGAAUCCAUGUCAAACAUUGAGCAUGAACGCACGUCUCAACAGAUUCCACCUUUAUACCUACAGCGAUCUCAAUCAGAUCUAUUUUCCAGCAUUGAUGAUCUUAGUAAAAGAGCGAGUAUAGAACUGUCCAAAUCAUAUCAAGACCAUGUGGAUGCUUUGAACAGUAUGCUUCAAAACUAUAAAAGAGAAUUAGAAGACAAGGAAAAACAGUUGGGAGAACUUAGAUCACAACUGCGGAACUCCUAUAAUACCAAUACUGAGUUAGACCUUGCAAACAAGAUCAAAGAACAAAGUCUGACUUUAGAGGAAAAUUCAGCAAGAUGGCAUACACAACGGAUUGAAUAUGAAUCUCGGAUAGAAGUUUUACAAGAUGAAAAAAAAGACCUUUCCCAAAAGCUGAUUGAUGCUCAAGCUCAAAUGCAAAUGUUGGAGGCUAGAACAGAAGAAGAUGUCAUGGAACUCCGUAAGAAAUUGAAAACUGCUUUGCGAAAAUCGACAUACUACAUGGAUGAUAACCAGCUUCUCCAAGAACAACUGGAAGAAUUGGGGAACGACCAUCAUAUUUUACAAGAUGAAAUUAUAAAACUGCGGGAGCACGUUAAUAAAUUUUCAGAUGCGGAUAAAGGAUCACAACAGUUAACAAUUAUAAAAUCUAAACUCUUGGACCAUUUAAGGGCAAUUUUUGGGUCAUUCGAGAAGGUUCUACAAAAAGAGUCCAUUGACCAAGCAUUCAAUAAGUUGCAUAACCUUGAACAGCUAGACUCUGCCAAAUUCUUCAAAAAGACAAUUGCAAAAUUAGAUUCAGUUUUCUUUUUUAUUGAAUCUGCCAUCGAAUCAAUUGUCACAGAACAUGUCGAUCUGCUUCUGAACGAAAAAGAAGAAUGGUCCGGCUCAUCACAGAAUGAUGAGGUAGAGAAACAAUCCAAGCUGAAAAUUGACGAAUUAAGGAAAAAAUGGAUUGGUGAACGUGAAAGAAGAAAACUGGAGUCUGAAGCAGCAACGAACCGCAUCAAUAUGUUGCAACUAGAGAAUCAAAGGUUGCGAGAACAACUUGGAAUCCAAUGA